AUGCACUCAAGGGAGUGUGUAUUUCUUGGAUAUUCUCCCACACAUAGAGGCUACAAAUGUCUAGAUCCUAGUGGAAGGAUUUUUAUCUCAAAGGAUGUCCUAUUUAAUGAGGUAAGAUUCCCUUAUGUUGAGUUCUUUUCCUCUCCUGUGUCUUCUCCCAACUCAGGUACUUCUGCACAUACCUCUCCAAAAUCCCUACCCUCUUCUCCUUAUGUGCCUUGCACAUCCUCCCAUAAUGUUCCUCAGGACCCUCACUUAUCCUCUCCCAUUACUGCUGCCAGCCAUCCCUCUCCCUCUAAGUCUGCCUCUCCUCUUAAUCAUUCCAAUUCCCCUAAUUCCAGCAAGUCUGCAUCAAAUUAUGGGAAUUCAGUCAUGUUCAACAUACUGAGUCUGCAUCUAAUUCAAGUACAUCUGAUCAGUCACAAAGCCCUAGCAGUCGUAGUCAUCAUGCUACUUCUCAUCAGCAGGCUGUGUCUAGUAUUUCUGGUCAUCCUAGUCAGGGAGCUAACUCUGCUCUCAGUGACAGUGGCAGUUCCUCUACCACAUCUUCCCCUUCAGCUCUGCUCCUUGCUACUAGAAUUUACCCCCAUAACAUUCACCCCAUGCAAACCGGAGCCAAAAAUGGCAUUGUGCAACCAAGACUGCAACCCACUCUUCUCCUAA